CGGAAAGGGUGGGACUUGGGCGCUCGCAGUGAGCGGAAGUUGCGCGAUUUAUCAACCGGACUACGCAAAACAUGCGGAAAGCAAGUUCUAAUGCUAAGGCCCGGGCCGACGGUCCCCACCGUGCCACGAAGGGCGGGGAUGCGAUUGGCGACCGGCCGAAGGACACAUCUGACAUGUCAUUUGAGGAGCUGUUGAGAUUACAGAGCCAAGUGAAACCCAAGACAUCCAAACAAUUGGUAGCUGGAAACAACACUAAAACCCAAAGCCCCAGACAACCAGCGUGUGUUGCCGAUAAGCACCGGCCUCUGGAAAUGUCAGCCAAAGUCCCCGUGCCGUUCUUGCGCCAGGUGGUUCCCAUCAGCAAAAAGGUCGCCCGGGACCCCCGCUUUGAUGAUCUGUCAGGGGAAUAUAACCCUGAAGUGUUUGACAAAACUUACCAGUUCCUGAAUGACAUCCGAGCCAAGGAGAAGCAGCUUGUGAAAAGGCAGCUGAAGAAGCACCGCUCAGGGGAGAAGCAUGAGAAGCUGCAGCAGCUGCUUCAGCGGAUGGAGCAGCAGGAAAUGGCGCAGCAGGAGCGCAAGCAGCAGCAGGAGCUGCGCUUGGCCUUGAAGCAAGAGCGGCGGGCUCUGGCCCAGCAAGGCCAUCGGCCAUACUUCCUGAAGAAAUCUGAGCAGCGCCAGCUGGCCCUAGCUGAGAAGUUCAAGGACCUGAAACGCAGCAAGAAGCUGGAGAGUUUCUUGAGUCGAAAGAGGCGCCGGAAUGCAGGCAAAGACAGGAGACAUCUCCCUCUGAGCAAGGAGCAGUGAGGAAGGAACUGUCCCAGACACCUGGAUCUGUGGGACAAGUCUGGGGUUGGCCAGUUCUGGUUCUUUGCUGCGCAGAGGCAAGCAGGACAUCUGCCACUGACCUGGGCUGACUCAGAAGGCUCUUAGACUGUGUUAGGGCUGCAAGCAGCAGGCCUGCAGCCUUCCUGGGAUCUGGUCUGUGAAUAUCGUCUCGUGUUCUCAUCCCAGCCUUGCCUUAGGCCAGUGACUCAGAUGAGAAGGGGCGUGGGCUGGGGUCAUGUGAGCUUUCAGGGCAGGGACUUCAUGUAAGAGCCACUUACAUGGAAACGUACUUGUUUCUCCUUGUUUUAUUCUGUUUCAUUGUUGUUUGGUUUUCAAGACGGGGUUUGUCUACAGCCCUGGCUGUCCUGGAACUCCCUCUGUAGCCCAGGCUGGCCUCAAGCUCACUGCCUGCCUCUGCCUCCCAAGGUGUGCGUCAGCACUGCUCGGCUGCGGCUGCUGCUGUUGCUGUCCGUUGCUCUUCAGUUGUGUGUACGUGUCUGUGUGGGUCUGCGCAUGGCUGCAGGGACCUUUGGUGCAGCAUCGACUUCCCGGUGGAGCUGGAGUCACAGUGCUUGUGAGCUGUCCAGUGUGGGUGCUGGGGACCAAGCUUGAGUCCUCUGUAAGAGUAGAACACACUGACUCUCUGGACCAUCUCUACAGCCCCUGUUUUUGUUUUUAAUGGGAGCCCUAGAACUGUUGUUUCAGUGGGCUGCGUGUGUGGAUCUACAGUGUGAAAAGUCAGAUCAGGGGACCCUCCCUCCUUCUUAAAUCUGGGCCCUGAAAAGAUGUCUAAGGGGUGAGUCAGCCCUACCGGUGACAGAGUGGGACGUGGGAGGUAGUGUGUUUGUCAGUUUUGCUAGCGGAUCCCUGCGAGGCCUCAGGCCAUGGCCAUUGGCUCCCGUGCUUCAGGGCCCAUGUGUAGUAAGGCAGAGCCUCAGCUGCAUCUUGUCCUCUUGUCUCAUGUCCGGAUUGUAAGUGUGUCAUCAGUGACACACCCUGGGGACAUUCUGUGUAAAGGAUGUCACUAUGA